AUGCGGCCCCCAGUGGGCUCCGAGCGGCUUGUGAUCAACGAGCUGCUGAUGUCGGGGUCUUGGGAGGAGCUCAGGAGAUGGGCUUGGAGGUCCCCGGGGCACAUUGACAUCUUGGAGUCGAAUGUCGUGGUGCAUCUCUUGGAGGGUCUUGUUCGUGAUGGUGGAGAUCGUAGGUUCGCUGCGCUUAUUGAUUCCAGAGUCACGUUGUGCUCUCAGGCAAAGGGACGGUCCUCGAGCAGGGCGUUGACGCGUCCUCUGGAGAAGUCCUGCGCCCUGCAGAUCGCCGGGUCCCUCUACCCCUCCUACUCCUUCGCCCCUUCGCGGCUCAACGUUGCAGACGACCCGACGCGGCGCCAGGCGGUCCGCGCAGCAUGCCGCCCGAGGCCUGACUGGCUGGAGCACGCGGACCUGCUGGACUGGCUGCUCACGCGGCUACCCACAGCCAAGGCCUGCGCUGCGUGGCUGCGGCUCGUCUGCCUGCUGCUAGGGAGCAGCGGACUUCGAGCGCUGCGGACCGCCCUUGCCGAGGGUCGUCGCCUGGCUCCUGCUCCCGCCCUCUGCGGGGUGCCUGGACAAGGCUCGGGCGGAGGCCGCUGGACGGCCACUGGAGUGGCUCGCGUCCCAGUGAAGUCAGAGAAGAGUGAAUUCGCUCCUGUGUUUCAUCGUGCAGGGCUCUUGCAUCACUGA